AUGCCAGGAUUAGAGGUUACACUGUCACAGGGGUUGGAGAGUGAGACUAAUGGUCAUUUUUUUGGGCAGGAGAGUGACAAGACAUUGGAAGAAAUAUUCAUAUGUUGGCAGACAAAGCGCAAAGUUAUUUAUCAGAUUCGCGGACGAUCAUAUGAGAAAACACUUGCAGUAUUAGAAGUCAUGCCUUAUCGAGCCUGUAAACUUCAAGAUGGGAGACAGAUUGCAGUCAAAUCCUUGCGCGAAAACAAUGACAAGAAAGUUCAACAGUUUGUCAAUGAAAUAGAAGUCUUAAGCAAAUUGAGCCAUCAAAACCUUGUCCCAUUUUAUGGCUACUGUCACCGCCAUGACCAUGAACUCAUGCUAGUAUUUGAAUUUGUUUCCGAUGGAACUCUGGCCGAUCAUCUUCAUGGAAAGUGUAAGAAACAAGGCACUCUGGUACCCUGGCAUACCAGAUUGAACAUAGCAAUUGAGGCUGCAAGUGCAUUGGCUUAUCUUCAUAAUUCAGGAAUUAUUCACCGCGACAUAAAAUCCUCCAACAUUCUUUUGGAUGAUAACUUGUGCGUUAAGGUAGCCGAUUUUGGCCUUUCGCGCACGCUUCCUUUGGUUGUUUCAGCUUCAAAAGAGGCUGCUACUUUUGCUUCUCAUGCCUCAACUGCUCCACAAGGAACAAAUGGAUAUAUAGACCCUGACUAUUUUCAAUUUCACAGGGUUUGUGACAAGAGUGAUACUUAUAGCUUUGGAGUGGUUUUAGCCGAGAUUAUAUCUUCGUUGCCAGCGGUUGAUGAUACAUGGAAUCCAUAUGAGGUACCAUUACUGUCUCACCUUGCCAUGAACAAAAUCCAAAAUGAAGCAUUGCAUGAGUUGGUGGAUCCAUGCCUUGGUUUUCAACCAGACAAUGAGAUUGGAGAAUCUAUAACUGCUGUGGCUGAGUUGGCAUUUCAGUGCCUGCAAUGUCCUAAGGAACUAAGGCCCUCUAUGAAGCAGGUGCUAGAGACUUUGCAGGGUAUAAAGAAGGGAAUAUGGGGAUUUCACCAAAUAGCAUAG